UAUUUGUUUAACUGAUCACACUACUCUCACUUUCUGAUUUUGAAUUGUACGGAUCUGCACCCACAUUCAAAUUGUGAGUUCACGCGGCAAUUCAAGUUACUCCUAAGUGGACGUUAGAUUCAUAUUUUCAUAGUAAUCUCAUGUAUUCUGUUGUCUUGAUCUCCGAUGCUAUCAGGGCAUCUAUGUGUACUCACCAAUCACUUCACCCUCCUUUUUACUGCUGCACUUCAGUUCCAUGACCCAGCCUCCUGUCAGUGUAAGGCUAACACUUCCGGCAAAGCAGAAUUUUCUUGGGGGAUCAGGACUUGUGCAAGUGCUACAGGCUCAGCCAUGUUCAGACGCUCAAGCGGUCAUCCAACAAAGGUCGCAAAACCUGAAACCCUUGACUACUAUUCGUCCGUUUGUCCCAACCGUUCCUGGCAUGGCAAUCAAUACUAACACGGCCGUGCAAUAUGUAAGAAAGCCUGCAGAAAUAUCUGUUUUGGGUGCAGCAGGUACAUUUGUCGCUACGCCAAUGAACCAAACGUUUACUCCAUUUGUAAACCCGAUUAUGAAUUUAAACCCUAGCUUAAUUUCCUCCAUUCCGGGUGGUCCCACAGGGGGUCCUGGACAAGUGAGUAGCCUAAGCGCCACAGGUGGAGUUCUCUCAAGCUUAGCAAAUUCACGCAAACCUUGUAAUUGCACAAAGUCACAUUGUCUAAAACUUUAUUGCGAAUGCUUCGCACAGGGACAGCUUUGUCAAAAUUGUAACUGCAAUAACUGUAUGAAUAAUCUAGCCUAUGAAGAGGAGCGCGGAAGAGCUAUUAAGAUGACUUUAGAACGUAAUCCUACAGCAUUUCAUCCAAAAAUUGGUCGUGGAGAAGGUGAAAGGAAGCAUACUAAGGGUUGUAAUUGCAAGCGUUCAGGAUGUUUGAAAAACUAUUGUGAGUGUUAUGAAGCAAAGAUAAGCUGCUCUGAUCUAUGUCGUUGUCAAGGCUGCCGUAAUACAGAGGAUAGCGUAGAAAGGCGCUCGCUCAUGCGCUUGGCUGCAAUGGGAGCUUUGAGAUCAAGGCAACCAUCGUCUUUCAAAAAGCAUUUGGUGAAACCUCCCUCCGAAACCCUACCGCAUGUGUUCUUCACCUGGGAAGUAAUCGAGGCAACUGCUAGCUGUUUAUUAGCGCAAGCUGAUGAAGCAGAACGUCGUGACUUACCUCCAGCAGCACAAGAACGAAUACUUCUGGAGGAAUUUGGACGUACACUGGAACGCGUAAUUGAGGCAGCUAGUAAGGCACAAAUACGAUCGUCCAGUGGCAUCCAUACGUCUGCUUCAAUUGAUGAUAAUGAUCAAGGACUAAUACAUAGUGGUGGAUCGACUGGUCCAGGAAGUCUAGGUGGGAAAGGCAGUGGGGCGGUCGGAGUAGCUGCAGCAGCUGCCGCGGCCGCAGAUGUCCUACGGGACGAUGAGGAUGACGAGGAUAAAAUGAUGCAUGAUAUUGAUGUCGAAGAGGAAGAUGAUCCUGACGAAAUGGAUGAUGAAAUGUAUGGUAUUGUUGGUGGGCCGACGAUUUCACGUCAUGGACACUCUCGCUCUCAUCUAGGGCGCCGUCAUAUACCAAGCAGUCACCGGUCUACACAUCUGGUUCCUGAGCUAGAAGAUGACAUAAUGAGUGAUGAAGAUCCUGUCGAAAGAGCCCAUGCCAUAUCAUCUAGUAAUCGACAAGGAAUAAUGCCACAUAGGUAUCAGGAAAUGCAUUCGCGUCGAACAUCGCAAACUGUUGAAGACCGAUAUAUUCAUUCACGUCGAAGUAUGAGUAGUCGCAGUUAUCGUCAUCAUGAUCCGGACUCAAUGGUAUAAUCUAUGGUUUAUCUUUCUGUAUGACAUUGCCCAUACAUUUGUAAAGUAACCAAACAUUUUGUAUACACAACCUACACAGAAUUAUGAUUCAAUUAGUGUUUCCUCUUACAAUUUAUGAGUCAACUACUAUGUUAAACAUCGUGUAUUUUUAAAUCUGUAUAAUACAUUAUUAUUUUACACAAGCUCAUUUUCGUUUUAUUCGAGCAUUAAGUUGGUGAACAUAAGCUUACCAACGCGCACGUAGUUUUCACGCUCUUCUUUAGUCAUUGUCCUCACCAUCGCUGGAGUUACAUCUGUAUAAAGCAUAAGCUGACCUCCAACAGUAACCUCGAAUUUCUUUGGGUGAAGGUCCACAGACGUAUUUUCUAAAAUACAAAGAGGGAUUGAGUUUUGGAUAGUGGCUAGUUGAACAUGAACUACAGAUUGAAAAUACUAGGAACAUGUGGUUUAACUUUUUUGUCUACUAAACUAUUUGAGCUCGUUAACGAGAAAAUUGUGAUUCCCAUUCAUAUUAGGCAAUGAAUCGUACGUUUAUGCGAAAAAAGCAGGUUAAUAUGAACAGACACUUGGGUAGCAGAGUGUUCAUGCCCUACACAGCGUUCAACCACAAAGUAGGACGUUUGACAAAUCUUAUCGAUCCACGAACGCGUACUCAACAUCACGAAUAAAUUGAGAGGAUACACAAGCACAAUGUGGACAUAAUACUUAUAGUAGGAGAAGAGCGAAUACAGGUUAAAAAUGAAGUGAAAACUACCAGACUUUAAUAUAAAGAGGGGAUUUAGCAUAUCUGCAUCACUAAUCAAGUUCGGGACAUGCCUCAGAGCCUUUCUAACUGCAAAUUACGGCUAGUGGGUUUGGUUAUAAAAUACAGCAAUGACAUUAUUUAUAUACUCCCGACCGUUGCUGCUACCUUGACAUGGUGGUCGGGCUUGCCUAUCGUGAUGAACACAUCGACCUAUACUGGCU